ACAUCAAAACUGAAUGAAAACAGACAUCUCAGCGGCUCACAAACAGGCAGCGGUGCUCAGGGAUCCGUGCAAUCAGACGGCUGUCAAAAAGCCACGAAAACAUCGGAAUUAUUACAAAAUAUCAUCGUUGCCUCCAACUAUAACCCUACAGACCGACACGAGAACGGGAUUUGGUUGUGGAGAUUUUACUACUGUCGGCUGUCAAGACAUUUGUAUGUGAUGGAGCUGCCACAUUUAGGAGAACACUGCUCUGAGAAGACCUGCAAACGUUUAGAUUUUCUUCCUAUGAAAUGUGACGCCUGUCAAGAGAUUUUCUGCAAGGACCACAUCACCUAUGCAACUCACAAAUGCAUGUCCGCUUACCAAAAGGACAUCCAGGUCCCAGUAUGUCCUUUGUGCAACAUCCCCAUCCCCGUAAAGAGAGGAGAGAUGCCCGACAUUAAAGUCGGCGAACACAUUGAUCGAGAUUGUAAAUCGGACCCUGCGCAGAGAAAGAGAAAGAUUUUCACCAAUAAAUGUUCUAGAGGGGGGUGUAAGCAGAAGGAAAUGAUCCGAGUGACCUGUGACCAGUGUCAUUUAAACUACUGUCUUAAGCACCGACACUCUCUAGAUCACGAAUGCAAGACUGGUGGGGCACCUCCGUCUAAAUCAGGAAAUGCUGCUCUAAUGAGGGCCCAAGCGGCUUCCUCCAGCUCCGCCUCUGGUUCUAGGUCUAGUUCUUCCAGUUCAGGACCCUCUAGACCCUUUUCUAACGGUGUCAGUGCGAACAACAGAGGCCAAAGCUCUGGUGCUACCCCUCGGAUUCCUACUUCAGUCUCUGCACAGAGUGUAAUGCCACCAUCGGCAUCAUUUCAGGCCGGAUUGACGGAGGAUCAGGCUUUACAAAGGGCUCUGGAGAUGUCUUUGGCUGAAACGAGGCCGACAGUUCAGCCGCCUCUAACCCCUCAGGAGCAGGAGGACCAGGCUCUGGCUCAGGCUCUCGCUGCCAGUGAGGAAGAGUACAGACGCCAGCAGCAGAGACAACAGGUACCCGGAAAGCUUAGGCGCCGAUAGCAUGUUACAGGAUCACAUAUGAGAGACUCCAAACCCUCCAACUGCAGCCUUUUUUAAUCUGAGCACCACUUAGACUUCAAGCUGAGCUUAUUAUCUACUGGAACCUGCACAUCUGGGAUACCGACAUCCAGGAUCAAUGAUUGUUAAUGAAGAAAUCCUCUUGGAAGUUGCUGAGAUAUUACCGCCUUCUACAAUAUAAGCACAUACUUUCCUAGCAGGAUCUGUCAUUUUUACUAAUGCUUUGCUUUGUACAUAUUUUAUAUGCCAACCAUGAUGAACCCAUUCUAUUACCAUAUAUGAAUAUCCAAUAAAUUAUUUCAAUCAUG